UAAAGAGAGUCACUGCUGACUAACAGAGACACACAUGCAACUUAUUCUCACAGCAAUUAAUCAGUUUCUAUUAAUCUUAACCAAACCCAGCAUUCUACCACAUAACAACCAAAAAGUGAGUGAUCUAUAUUUUUGAUCCUUUAGUUUAAAUUUGUUUUAUUUUUCAUUAAUCUGCCGCAGAAAUCGUCCUCCAUCUCAUUUUGUUACUGUUGUUUCCGAGAAAUAAAGUGGAAAUGACACCUGGGGAGGUUUAAUAAUCGGAAAUGUCAAGAAACCUUUCUUAUACAGAGGGGAACCAAAUUAAGGGAAGUGUGAGCAACACAUUAACAUUCACUUGAAAAAUAUAUAUUUGGUUAUCAGUAAUAUCAUAUUUGGUUGUAAAUCGCUGCAGCUAGUGACUGUCUGUUGGGUCUGGUCUACAGUCUUUUCACUUCUUGCUUAUCUCGGACCUUUUUGCCUUCAACUUGGGCUCCAAUGGGAAAAACGUGAUGAUGAAACAUUCUCAAAUAAAAGCUGAAAGUCAACAUUUCAACCUCAUAGUCAUUGUUGCCUGCACUUUCUGACUAAUUAGUAGGGAGCCGCUACUGCGACUGCAGCCACUGCUGCCUCCCAGUCCGGCCAGAUACAGAAACCACCGCCCGACAGUCCUGCUAGCGGCCAACCUCCCCCCCUCUGCCACCGGAGCAGGACCUGGUUCAUACAGGACCCACUGACCACCCAGCUGACCCUAACCUGCCAUCACAGCUGGGAGCUAAAUAAGUACAUUUCUUUGAAAAUAAAUACAAAACAAUAACAAGCUAGAAUGGCACUUCGGUAGAGGGCAGACCUCCACCAAGGCCUUCGUCAAACAACAUACACCGGACUUCAGAGGGAAAAAUGGAAAUUCAUAGUAAAUGAUCCAAAUCUGCCCCGAAUGGGUUCUUCCCUGCCCCAUGCCCCCUCGGUUCAUGACUUUAAAGGGCAACGUCCUUCUUAGAUUCCGUAACCCCCCAUUCGGACCGACAGAGUGACACGGGUUUGACCUGUGUCGGGGUCUAUAUGUAUGGGUCGACCCUCCUUACGCGGCAUGAAUUUGGUGAAGAGAGAGGGAGCGUGCAGACGGAGAGGUUUGUGUGUUUUCAGAAAUAAAAUUUAGGUUUCACAAAUCUGAAACUUUUCCAUCCUUCCUGUUUAUCUGGUCUAGAUCUGGUCUGAUGUGGUCCAUCUGGUGUGGACAUCAGACUGUUCAUUUGGAUUUUUGAGUCACCGUCAAAUGUAAUCUAAUAGAGCAACCAAUUACAAAAUUACUAGAAAUUCCCAGCACUUGGCACCUUUGAGUAGGUAAAUAGUUCCACGUAGGAGUAUCACCUGGCUGCAGAUCACCCCUUCUUUCUGACAGUAUUGGCCACACUCCGGUUUCUUUUUAAGCCCUUUCCCGUCAGUUUGAUCUCAGAAGAACUUCGUCCCAGAAUCUGCAUAAUCAUCACACACAGGCACACAAACAUAAACUUCUCAAAAUAGAUUAAAAAAAAAAAUGACACUGAGAUUUUGGUGCUGCUGAUGCUCUUCAGUAGGAAGAUAGUGGAUGCUGCAUAUCGCCAGUUUAUGACUGAACAGCUUCUGAGCUCCUGUGGAACAAUGUGUAAAAAAUGUAUACCACGUGGCUGACAGGAAUCACAUAAUGACCUAUGUUUGGUCAUUAAAAAAAAACCCCACUGCUGUGUGACAUUUAAAGAAAACUAAUAACUCAGGUGUCCACACGGGGUGGCGGGCUGUGACCGGAAAAACCGCACACUUUCGGUGCAGCUGCUCUGUAAACGUGACUUCUGACCUUGCCUGACCGUGCGUCAACUGGAUGUGAGAGACCAUACAAGCUGGACUCAGCACAUUCUCACGGUGAGUCUUUUUGCUAUCCGAGAAAGGAAAACCACAGUAAGGGUUGGCUGAAAACAAAAACAAAAUGUCAUGCGGCUGUAUUGAUGUCAUUUACUAUGUAGGGUGCAUUUUUACAGGAACUCACAUGAGUGACAGGAAUCUGAAAAAGCUGAAGUUGAAAUUUCACUUAAUUCCUCAUUUCCUUAAACGCCAUCUCUUUAACAGAGACCUAACUGCAGCAGCCAGACUGGAUUUUGAUAUUAUCAACAGGGUCUAAUAUCCUCAAAACCUUCAGAAACAGGUAACGAGUCUUUUUCUUUUUAAGCAUCCGCUCACUCCAUAGAUAAUGGAAUUUUAUGUGAAGCUUUGGCCUGUUUCUAUUCCUGCCACGUCGCUGAAGUAGGUCCGUUUCUGUACUGACGCCAUCAAGAUACCUGCUGUUUAUUUAGUGAACUUGAAGAGGAAUGUUUGGAGCUGUGUUUUUAGUGCUGUGGCUCCACGAGGGUCAAUGUUGGUCUGUCUGUCAGUCUGUCAGUCCACGUCUUUAAUCCAAGCUGAAAUGUCCCAACAAUUUGUGGACGGAUUGUCAGACAUCCAUGUCCCCCUCUGGAUGAAUCUUAUUGUCUUCGGUGAUCCCCUGACUUGUCCUCUAGUGCCGCCAUGAGGUGGACACAUCUGGUUUUGAGUCACAUGUCUUUGCAACCAUUGGAUAAACUUUCAUGUCUCUCUCUUGAGGAUGAACUGUAAUAAUACUGAAGGUCACCCCGUUUUUCAUCCAGCGCCAUCAUCAGAUCAACAUUUUACCAUCUCCAGUACUUUGGUUUAUGAUCAGAUACCUGCAAAACUAAUGACGUUCCCAUCAGCCUCAGCUGUACUUUGUGUUUUGUGCUCAUUAGCAAAUUUUAGCACCCUAACAUGCUAAACGGAGAUGGUCUACAUGGUAAACAUUACACCUGCUUGACAUAAGCAUGUUAGCAUUGUCCUUGUGAGCAUGUUAGCAUGCUGACGUUAGCGGUUGGGUCAAAGCACCACUGUGUGAGUUACACCUGAAAAACCACCUUAAAGUUGUGGUUUCAGGAUGACGGUAUCCUUCGUGCACAGUGGUGUUUGGUGUCAUGAGCCCUGCAGAUAAAAACGACAGCACAGUCUUUAUUUCAAGAACCAAAAGCUGGUGCAACGAAAGCUAAAAGCAAAUGGGACAGGACUUCAGCUGUCUCUAUGUGUAGUUUUCUCAGUGAAUGAAGGAAUCUGCGAAUUCAUUAGCAUCCCGCUUUAACAUCAUCAGCUUCCGGUUUGGUGGUGCUUUAUUUCAUAGGUGGCUGUCUUUAAUUUGAAUAAGCGUAAGCAGUCGCCCAUUUCAAACGGGACUUCAGGGGAAGUCCAGCCCACGGGGCAGUUUUCCUCCCGGUUGACAAUCCCUCCUGAUUUCAGUAGGCCGCCAAGAAGAUGGCAGAGGACCUUUAUCGGACUCUGCAGGAUUUACGAGACGUGGAAUUCCAGGACUUCAAAUGGUAUCUGCAGCAGCCUGACAUCCUGGAAGGUUACCAAACCAUCAAAGCGUUCAAGCUGGAGAAGGCAGAAAGGCGGGACACAGUGGAUCUGAUGGUGCAGACCUGUGACUUUCAUGGAGCUCCGAAGGUGACCAAGAAGGUUUUGGAGAAGAUAAACAGGAAUGAUCUGGCGCAGAGUCUGUCUAACACCAGCUCAGGACCAGAAGUGGAUGUCAGUGAUGUUGGACGGACGUCAGAGAUCAGAAGACCUUCCUCGCCGCAGACCGAAGAUGUGAUUGUUCCAGUACCAGAGCCGCAACCCAUUUCAUAUUACCAACACCUGCUUCAAUCAAACCUCCAGGAUAAGUUUAUGUGUGCACGAGAGGGGUGGGCCCAGAAGAAGGAUGAGCAGCGUCUGGAUGAUAUCUACACAGAGUUGUACAUCACAGCUGGAAGUGACAUACACAUCAACACACAGCAUGAGGUCAGGCAAAUUGAGAUUGCUGAGAAUCUAGCAGAAAUAAAAAAACCAAUUAAAUCUAGUGACAUGUUCAAAGACCCCUCUGGAAGAUAUAAACCCAUCAGAACAGUGCUGACCAAUGGAAUUGCAGGAAUUGGCAAAACAUUUCUUGUGCGCAAGUUUGUGUUGGACGUGGCUGAAAGAAGAGCUAAUCAGGAUGUGCAUCUGAUUUUCCCCUUUACUUUCCGCCAAUUAAAUUUAUGGAGGGGAGAAAAGUUUCGUUUAGCAGAGCUCAUUCAUGAAUGUAUCAGGGAGACCAGAGACAUCAAGGAGGAAGCUCUUAAUCACAUCUUUACAACUCUGCAGUCAUCAGGAAACACCAACUAUGACAAGAGCAAAUUCAAACUUAUGUUUAUUUUAGAUGGACUGGAUGAGAGCCGCCUUCAACUGGACUGCUCUACGAAUAAAAACCAGGACACAGACUUUGAUGUGUCCGUAUCGACUUCAGUGGACGUGCUGCUGACGAAGCUCAUCAAGAAGAAUCUGCUUCCCUCCGCUCGCCUCUGGAUAACAACACGACCCGCAGCAGCCAAUCAGAUCCAUUCUGACUUUGUUGACAUGGUGACAGAGGUCAGAGGGUUCACUGACCCACAGAAGGAGGAGUACUUCAGGAAGAGAUUAAGAGAUGAGGAGCAGGCCAGCAGGAUCAUCUCCCACAUCAAGACAUCCCGAAGCCUCCACAUCAUGUGCCACAUCCCAGUCUUCUGCUGGAUCACCGCUACAGUUCUGGAGGAUGUGUUGAAAACCAGGGAGGGAGGAGAGCUGCCCAAGACCCUGACUGAGUUGUACGCAGAAUUCCUGGUGUUUCAGAUUCAUCAGACAAAACAGAGAUAUGGCCAAAAAACGUGCGUUAAGUACAUUAAGUCAUUGGCAAAACUCGCUUUCCACGAGCUGGAAAAGGGCAAUCUGAUCUUCUAUGAGAAAGACCUGACAGAGAGUGGCAUUGAUGUCAGUGGAGCCUCGGUGUGCUCAGGAGUGUUCACAGAGAUCUUUAAAGAGGAACGUGGGAGGAAGAAUGAUGCAGACAAGAUGUUUAGCUUUGUCCAUCUAAGUGUUCAAGAGUUUUUGGCAGCUCUCUAUGUAGAGAAGGCACUCUUUAACAGAAACAAGAAUGUUCUGUCUGAGCCAGGGCAAACUUGUGGCGAACAUGUGAGAAUGGUUUUCAGCAAAACAUCUAUGACAAAAGUCCACCGGUUUGCUAUUGACAAGGCAUUGGCGAGUCCAAAUGGACACCUGGACUUGUUCAUCCGCUUCCUCCUGGGCCUUUCACUGCAGACCAAUCAGUCCCUCCUGCGAGGCCUGCUGAAAAAGCAAAGAAGCUCACAGACCAAUCAGGAAACAGUCAAGUACGUCAAAAAGAAGAUCAGUGAGAAUAUGUCUCCAGAGAGAAGCAUCAAUCUGUUCCACUGUCUGAAUGAACUGAAGGACCAUUCUCUAGUGGAGGAGAUCCAACAAUACCUUUGUUCAGGAAGUCUCUCCACAGAUAAACUCUCUCCUACUCAGUGGUCAGCUCUGGUCUUCAUCUUACUGUCAUCAGAAGAAGAUCUGGAUAAGUUUGAUCUGAAGAAAUACUCUGCUUCAGAGGAGGCUCUCCUGAGGCUGCUGCCAGUGGUCAAGGCCUCCAACAAAGCUCUGCUGAGUGGUUGCAGUCUGUCAGAGAGAAGCUGUUACGCUCUGUCAUCAGUUCUCAGCUCAAAGUCCCCUAGUCUAAGAGAACUGGACCUGAGUAACAACGACUUGCAGGAUUCAGGAGUGAAGCUGCUCUCUGCUGGACUGGAGAGUCCACAGUGUAGACUAGAGACUCUCAGGUUGACUCAAACAAGGCUCACAGAGAAAUGCUGUCAACAUAUCUCAUCCGCCCUCAGCUCCCAGUCCUCUUGUCUGAGAGAGCUGGACCUGAGUAACAACGACCUCCAGGAUUCAGGAGUGAAUCUGCUCUCUGCUGGACUGGAGAGUCCGCACUGUAAACUGGAGACUCUCAGGUUAAAGCAGACCAGGCUCACAGAGAAAUGCUGUAAGAAGUUCUCAUCAGUUCUCAGCUCACAGUCCUUUAGACUGAGACAUCUGGACCUGAGUAACAAUGACCUGCAGGAUUCAGGAGUGAAGCUGCUCUCUGCUGGACUGGAGAGUCCUCACUGUAAACUGGAGAUUGUCAGGUUGCAUCAAACUAGGCUCACAAAGAAAUGCUGUCAGGUAUUCUCAUCAGUUCUCAGCUCCCAGUCCUCUUGUCUGAGAGACCUGGACCUCAGCAAUAAUGACCUGAAGGAUUCAGGAGUGAAUCUGCUGUCUGCUGGACUGGAGAGUCCACACUGUAGACUGGAGACUCUUAGGUUGAAUCAAACCAGCCUCACAGAAAAAUGCUGUCAGGUAUUCUCAUCAGUUCUCAGUUCCCAGUCCUCUAGUCUGAGAGAGCUGGACCUCAGCAAUAAUGACCUGAAGGAUUCAGGAGUGAAGCUGCUCUUUGCUGGACUGGAGAAUCCACACUGUAAACUGGAGACUCUCAGGUUGAGUGGAAGUAACCUGUCAUGGCGAAGUUGUCAUGCUGUGGUCUCAGUUGUCAGUUCCCAAUCCUCUAGUCUGAGAGAGCUGGACCUGAACAACAACGAUCUACAGAAUUCAGGAGUGAAGCUGCUGUCUGCUGGACUGGAGAGUCCGCUCUGUAAACUGAAGUGUCUCAGGUUGAAUCAAACCAGCCUCACAGAGAAAUGCUGUCAGGACUUCUCGCCAGUUCUCAGUUCCCAGUCCUCUAGUCUGAGAGAGCUGGACCUCAGCAAUAAUGACCUGAAGGAUUCAGGAGUGAAGCUGCUCUCUGCUGGACUGGAGAGUCCUCACUGUACCCUGGAGACUCUCAGGUUGUCAGGCUGUCAGGUCACAGAGGGAGGCUGCACGUCUCUGGCCUCCGCUCUGAGAUCCAACCCCUCCCACCUGAGAGAGCUGGACCUGAGCUACAAUCAUCCAGGAGACGGAGGAGUGAAGCUGCUUUCUGCUGGACUGGAGGAUCCACAAUGGAGGCUGGACACUCUCAGGCUGGAACCUGAUGGAAAGCAGUGGCUGAGACCUGGUCUGAGGAAGUAUGCUGAAGAACUCACCCUGGACCCAAACACAAUAAACAGAAACCUCACACUGUCUGACAACAAGAGGAAGGUGACGGUAGUGACGAAGGAGCAGCCAUAUCCUCAUCAUCCAGAGAGGUUUGACGUCUGGCCUCAGCUGCUGUGUAGCGAUGGUCUGACCGGGCGCCGUUACUGGGAGGUCGAGUGGGAAGGAAGAGUUUCUAUAGCAGUGAGCUACAGAGGAAUCGUAAGGAAAGGAGACAGUGAUCUCUGCAUGUUUGGAAGAAAUAAUCAGUCCUGGAGUCUGCUCUGUUCCGAUGUCAAUGGUUACUCUGUCAGUCACAACAAAAGAACAGUCCACACUCUCUCCUCCCCGUCCCCUUCCUCUGUCUCUAACAGAGUAGCAGUGUAUGUGGACUGUCCUGCCGGCGUUCUGUCCUUCUACAGAGUCUCCUCUGGCACACCGAUCCACCUCCACACCUUCAACGCCACAUUCACUGAACCUGUCUACCCUGGGUUCAGGUUUGCGUUUGGGUGGCCUGGUUCUUCAGUGUCCCUGUGUUCAUUGUAGGAGCGGGAGUCUCCUUCUUAUCAAAGGAAACACUCACACGGCUGACAAAACAUACGCAAAUACUUUUUGUAAGUCAUACUUGCUCAUAAUUAGAGGAAAAUGCCUCUGUCUCCAUCGCUUCUAUCCACUUGUCCAUUGAGAGGAACAUCCCAACUGACCUUAACAAGGACAUUAAAAUUUGCAAACUUAUGGUCAAAAGAAGGAUUUUCCUUGGAUUUCACAAAUCUUGCUCACAAGACUGUUUAAAACAGCUCAUUCUAAAAUUGUUAAUAGUUCUGUGUUUGAGAAAUAAACAUUAAAAACAUUAUGUAUUUUAUUAAAAAAAUGUUUGCACAAUAAAUGUUUAAAACGUAAAACCUCUUUGAUACAAAGGCGUUGUUUUCCUUAUAUUCUGAAUCACCCUGUAAAAUGUUCAUCUUAUUUGGGGACCCUAGCAUCUGUGUGCCUCAGCACAAAUUUGGACUCAGCCCGCAGAUGGUAGAGUCAGAAUCUGGCAUCAACAGCAUGAAUCCAUGGACCCAACCUGCCUCGUGUCAACAGUCCAGGCUGGUGGUGGUGUAACGGUG